UGCCCUUUAGUGCCUCCUCCCUCCUCUGACCUCUCCCAUUUUCCCUUUUUUCACCUGCACAUUUCACACUCUAGAAAACCAAACUUCUUAUGGUGAUAGUGCUAAAGUGCGCAUUAUGCAUUGGCUAAUAUGUAGUGCGCACUGCGCAUCCCACGCACCAUAUGAAUAGACUGAAUUUUUUUUAUUAGCCCUAAAAUGAACCGAGUGCGCUCAUAGGUCACAUAUCCAUUUUUGCACCAAAGACACUCCCUCUCACACACAAAAGGAAAAGCCAUUAAAGGUCUCUCUUUUACCUUCCCUGAGUUACUUUCUCCACUCUCUCUCUCCCUCUCUCUCUCUCUCUCAAACCAGUGGGAAGAGUUCAAACUCCAAAGCUUUUUCUAUGUCUGUCAACAAAAAUGGUUGCAAAACGUAGCUUGAACCUUUGAAAUCUCACUCCAGUUCUCACUACUCCCCAAGCUCAAAGCUUCAAACCUUAUUCAAAAACACAAAGUGGUUUUCAUAUCUCUAUUCUACAUCGUCCAUAUCAAUCGCAUCCAUGUCGUCUGAUAUCAGCUAAAGACGGUUUUCUCACUCUGUAAUUUAAACGAAUCGUAGUGCUUUGAUUUUUGAAUUCCAAAUGGAGAGACGUGCGAGCUAUGGAAACAGAGCUACCGACUUCCUUGUAGUGUCUUUGAGGUUUUAAACGAUUUGGGAAAAUAAGUGGGGUUUAGGGGUUGUUGGGUAAUUUGGGGGAGAUGGGUACAAUUCGUCUGCUUUUUCCGACGGUGGGACCGCCGAUCAAGCGGCGAGCAGGGUUGCGGAGAAAGCAGGCUGGGAGAGGUUCGUAUAGAGGGAGUUAAAGCCUUUAGCUUUUUGUUGUUUUGGGAGGGAUAGUGUGUAUGUUAGAGGACGGUGAAAUAGAUAUAGAGAGAGAGACAAAGAUGGGAGGUGGCGUUGGUGAUAUUGGUCAUACUGAGUUCUCGCAAACGCUGAGGAGCCUCUGUUUGGAGACAGGGUGGAAGUAUGCAGUGUUUUGGAAGCUCAAACAUCGCGCUAGGAUGGUGCUGACAUGGGAGGAUGCAUACUAUGAUUACCAUGAGCAGCAUGAUUCUUUGGAGAAUAAUUGCUGCAGUAAGACACUGGACAAAUUGCAUGAUGGCCAUUAUUCGCAUGAUCCCCUAGGUUUAGCCGUGGCAAAGAUGUCGUAUCAUGUAUAUUCUCUGGGAGAAGGGAUUGUUGGACAGGUGGCAGUUACGGGAAAGCAUCAGUGGAUCUUUGCUGAUAAGCAUCUUAUGAGUUCUCGUUUAUUAUUUGAGUACUGUGAUGGGUGGCAAACUCAAUUUUCAGCGGGGAUCAGGACUAUUGUUGUUGUGGCUGUUGGUCCGCAUGGAGUUGUGCAGCUUGGCUCUUUGAAUAAAGUCACUGAAGAUAUGAAGCUUGUGAAUCAUAUUAGAGAUGUUUUUUUGGAUCUUCAAGGUUCCUCUAUAAUGCAUGUACCUAGUCCAAUACUAAGUAGUAUGAAGAAUUUACUACAUCUGCAGGAUAUGCCAGCAAAUAGUUCGGCUUCAGAGGUGAUUCCUGACUGUUUACGCAAUUUUGAUAAAGUUGUGGACAAAGAAAGGGCAGAUUUGCGGUUGCCCAUCUUUCCAUAUUUUGGGAAGGGCGGAGGAAAUUCUUAUUCAUUCCCACUACAUGGUUUUGAUCAGAAACAGACAGUUGAAGUGGUCAAUGAUCAUGGGAGGCUUGAAUUAUCCACAUCAGAAGGUGAUGACAGUCUCCAGUCAAAAUCUAACGUUAUCUAUUUGGAGUAUCAGAAACUAGUUGGUGGCAAGACAUGUGGAGGGGACACUAGUGGCUGCAAAGAUAUGGUGGGUUCAGAGCCCAAUGUUAGUUCAUUUUCACACAGUUCGGCUGCAGAUGGUGUCAACUUAUAUGAUGCUAUACCUCCAGCUGACAAGAACCUCCUUGAAUCUGCUGUUUGUGACAGAAAUAAGUUGGAUGGUAACACUUUUUACGAAAAUGGUUUGUUACAGAUAUCUGAACCUUCAGACAUGAAAUUCCAAAAAGACUUGAGAAAGUUGAACUUCCAAACCGAGUUGGGUCACAUGGACAUAUUGGACACAUCUUUGAAUUUUCCUGCUGGCGGUGAACUCCACGAAGCACUUGGACCAGCUUUUCUCAAAAAAAGUAAUUAUUUUUACUUGGAAGCAGAGAAGACUGAAAAUGAUGUAGAUAUUGAGAUGCCAGAAAGGAUGAGCUGUAGCCAAUUGACAUCAGACUCUUACCCUGAUCAUCUCUUAGAAGCAGUAGUAUCCAAUGUUUGCCAAAGUAGCAGUGAUGUUAAAAGUGAUAAACUAUUCUGUAAGCCAGUGCAUUCUCUGUCCACAACUGAAGUGACUCCAGAGCCUUCUAGUCAUACUAUGCAUACUACUACUUCUGGAGGUUAUCUGUUUGAACAGUCCUCUCUUGUAGAGGAGGACAAACUGCACUGCUUAAGCUCAAUGGGGGUAUGUGGUGUGAUAUCCCCGACAAGUUUUUCAUCAAAUUGUACAAGUACAUGUAGUGAGCAGCUGGAGAGAUCUUCUGAACCAGCUAAGAACAAUAAAAAGAGAACCAGGCCUGGUGAAAAUUCUAGACCUAGGCCGAGGGACAGACAAUUGAUCCAAGAUCGUAUAAAGGAGCUGCGGGAGCUGGUGCCCAACGGAUCAAAGUGCAGUAUUGAUUCACUGCUGGAACGUACAAUCAAACACAUGAUCUUUCUGCAAAGCAUAACUAAGCAUGCUGACAAGCUAAGCAAAUGUGCCAAUUCUAAGUUGCAUGGCAAGGGAACAGCAGGCAUUGUAGGAUCAUCUGGGUCUGAGCUAGGUUCAAGCUGGGCAGUGGAGGUGGGAGGUCAUUUGAAAGUUUGUUCGAUAAUAGUAGAGAACCGUAACAAGAAUGGUCAGAUGCUUGUAGAGAUGUUGUGUGAGGAUUGCAGCCAUUUUCUUGAGAUAGCAGAGGCCAUCAGAAGUUUAGGUCUUACAAUCUUAAAAGGUGCAACAGAAGCCCAUGGGGAGAAGACGUGGAUAUGUUUUGUGGUUGAGGGUCAGAACAACAGAAGCAUGCACAGAAUGGAUAUACUGUGGUCCCUUGUUCACAUAUUGCAACAACCCAAGAAAGAAAUGCAACAAUGAUGGCUUGUCAGCUCUUGGAGAUUUGCAUGUAGGCUACUCUGUAAAAUAUCGUGAGUCAUAUGCAAUCUUUUAUAGGGUUUUCUGGUCUGUAGCUUUUGUUUGAACAAAACCCCCCCCC